GGGGCCGGGCUAACCAUGGAGGAGGGCGGGGAAAAGGAGGAGUUCUGCUUCACAGCGCUCUAUAUAAGAGGCCAGUGGCCAGGGAUGUGUGCUGGUAUUGACCUUCAGCUAGACUGUUCUAGAGCAAUGGCGCCUUCCAGGAAGUUCUUCGUGGGUGGCAACUGGAAGAUGAACGGGAGGAAGAAGUGCUUGGGAGAACUCAUCUGCACCCUGAACGCGGCCAAGGUGCCGGCGGACACAGAGGUGGUUUGUGCACCCCCCACCGCCUACAUCGACUUCGCCAGGCAGAAGCUAGAUCCCCAAAUCGCUGUGGCUGCGCAGAACUGCUACAAAGUGACCAAUGGGGCCUUCACUGGGGAGAUCAGCCCUGGCAUGAUCAAAGACUUAGGAGCCACAUGGGUAGUACUGGGACACUCGGAGAGAAGAAAUGUCUUCGGGGAGUCCGACGAGCUGAUUGGGCAGAAAGUGGCCCAUGCCCUGGCAGAGGGCCUUGGAGUGAUCGCCUGCAUCGGGGAGAAGUUAAAUGAAAGGGAAGCUGGCAUCACCGAGAAGGUUGUUUUCGAGCAAACCAAGGCCAUCGCAGACAACGUGAAAGACUGGAACAAAGUCGUCCUGGCCUAUGAGCCUGUGUGGGCCAUUGGUACUGGCAAGACUGCAACACCUCAACAGGCCCAGGAAGUACAUGAGAAGCUCCGGGGAUGGCUGAAAUCCAAUGUCUCUGAUGCAGUGGCUCAAAGCACCCGGAUCAUUUAUGGAGGUUCUGUGACUGGAGCAACCUGCAAAGAGCUGGCAAGCCAGCCGGACGUGGACGGCUUCCUCGUGGGUGGUGCUUCUCUCAAGCCUGAAUUCGUGGACAUCAUCAAUGCCAAACACUAAGCACCAGCCAUCCCCCGCACCCGCCUGCUAAACCAGGACUAGGUUGCCCAGAAAUGUAACAACUGCUCCCACCAGUCAGGAGCUUCUGAUGUCAUCUGCCCCAUCUUGUGGCCUAAUCCACACUGUACCUUCCUGAACCUUUUACACCUCCUUGUGGUUGGGACCAGGCCACUCCCUUUACCGCUUACAGUAGUUAGAAUGAAAUAUGUCACCAAGGUGUCUUCCUGGCUGGGGGCAGAAGGGUAGAACUGACUUAAGUCCCUUCAGGCCCUAGCAAGGGCUGGAGUAAAAUCACCUUCCUUUCCAUUUUCAGUGUACAUUAAGGCCAAGAUCCUCUUAGCCCAAGAGGCAGGGAUGCUCCCCUCCCCCACAGUGCCGAAGCCCUACUACUGUGUUUGUGAUCCAUGCUCCGUGUAAGGGAAUAAACACCUGGCCCUAA